GCUCCACUGAUGUCCUUUGUGCUGGUUAAGGGAACACCAGCUGCAGAAGAAUCCCAAGGAAAAUGAAGACAUGGCUGAAGUGGUUGUUCGGUAUACUAAUGGGGGCAGUGGUUGUUACUGUCGUUGCUGUUCCUGUUGCUCUGCUUGCAACCAAAGGAAAGGGAGAUGACCGCAAGACAUUUACACUGGAAGAUUAUUUUAGCGAUGAGUACAGGCCCAAAUCGUUUGGCCUAAAGUGGGUUUCAGAAAAUGAGUUUGUCUUCAGGGACAAGGACAACGUGCUCAUUUUUAAUGUUGACAACGAGACAACAACAGAAAUAAUUUCCAAUACCACUAUUCAUAAUAGCAAUUCUUCAUUUUAUACACUUUCCGAAGACAGAAAAUAUGCACUGCUGCAGUAUAACUAUGAAAAGUUAUGGAGACAUUCCUACACAGCUUCUUACCAUAUCUAUGACAUUGAAAAAAAAGAAAUUGUGGCCGCAAAUGAGCUUCCCAACAAAAUUCAAUAUAUAACUUGGUCUCCCGUUGGUCAUAAACUGGCCUACGUUUGGGAAAAUAACAUAUAUAUUAAAGAGGUGCCAGGGGGUAUCAGUACCACGAUCACCACCAAUGGAGAACACAAUAAAAUUUUAAAUGGAAUCCCAGAUUGGGUGUAUGAAGAGGAAAUGUUUUCAACAAAUUAUGCGUUAUGGUGGUCACCGGAUGCAACGUCUCUGGCCUAUGUGGAAUUCAAUGACACUGAUGUGCCAGUUAUAGAAUAUUCUUUCUAUGGAGAGGAUUCUGAUCAGUAUCCACAUACUGUUGUUAUCCCAUAUCCAAAGGCAGGAGCUCGAAACCCUACAGUGAGACUGUUUGCUGUGAAUACCAGGUCUCUUGCAGUUAUCAACCCAGUGGAAAUUCUUCCACCAGAAGAAUUAAGAUCUAUUGACCAUUACAUCAGUGGAAUUAACUGGGUGACAGACAAUAAGAUGGCAGUUCAGUGGCUUCGAAGGAUCCAGAAUGUUUCAUUGCUUACUAUGUGUGAAGGUGCAGCAUGGAACUGUCAACCGCCAGUUUAUGAACAAAGUUCCACAGGCUGGGUCGGAUAUUUCCAACCUUCCGCUCCAUACUUCACCCAAGAUGGCCUGAAAUACUACAAGAUUAUUAGCAACAAAGAAGGCUAUAAACAUAUCCAUUUAUUUGAAGGAUCCAAGGACCCGGUUGCUAUAACCAGUGGGAAUUGGGAAGUAACCAGCAUAGCUACAGUGGCCAGCAACUUUCUGUACUAUGUAAGUAAUGAAGGAUUCCCUGGAAGGAGACAACUUUAUAAGAUAAGAUUAGAUAGUGGCUCAUACAGUGCUCAGUGUGUCACCUGCAAUACCCGGCAAGAGAGAUGCCAGCAGUACUCUGCUUACUUCAGCAAAAACUCCAAGUACUACUCAUUGAACUGUAAUGGUCCAGGACUUCCAAUUUACACUGUCUACAACAGCAGCAAUGAUAAUGAAACACGCACUAUGGAAGAUAAUGAGGACUUAAAACUACUGUUGGAUGAGAUUCAGAUGCCCACAAAAGAAAAUAAAUCUAUCAUCAUAGAUGGAUUUGAAUUGUGGUAUCAGCUGACCUUACCACCUCACUUCGAUAAAUCAAAGAAAUACCCUUUGCUGAUUGAUGUAUACGGUGGGCCAGGCAGUCAGAAAGUAGAUCAAUUUUUCCGGUUGAACUGGGCUACAUACCUGGCAAGCACAGAAAAGAUUAUUGUGGCCAGUCUUGAUGGAAGAGGGAGUGGUUACCAAGGUGAUAAAAUCAUGCACCAAAUAUAUCAUAAACUUGGAACACUGGAAGUCCAAGAUCAGAUCACAGCGGCAAAGCAUUUUUCAAGUCUGGGCUUUGUGGACCCAAAGAGAAUGGCUAUUUGGGGAUGGUCCUAUGGUGGCUAUGUAACGUCUAUGGUACUUGGAAGCGGAAGUGGAUUAUUUAAGUGUGGGAUCGCUGUGGCUCCUGUUUCAAGCUGGCAUUAUUAUGAUUCUAUAUAUACUGAACGAUAUAUGGGCCUUCCUACACCAGAAGAUAAUCUAGAUAAUUAUUUGAGUUCAACAGUCAUGGCUAGAGCACAGAAGUUUAAGGAUGUUGAGUAUCUUCUUAUACACGGCACAGCAGAUGAUAAUGUCCACUUCCAACAGGCUGCUCACAUUUCAAAGGCUCUUGUUGAUGCACAGGUGGACUUUGAAACAAUGUGGUACACAGACAAAGAUCAUGGAAUUGGAGGAACAGCAAAUAGGCAUAUCUACACCCACAUGAGCCAUUUUCUAAAACAAUGUUUUAACAUCCAGUAGAGGCAAAUAUUUCUAUGUCUGCACAGAAGAGCAUCUCGACAAUCACAGACUGUUCUUGUUCAUUCAACUGUGAGCUUGGGCAAAGAAUGACGUUUACUUAACAAGAAAACAUAGAACUGCCUAUUCAGACUACUGUAUUUGGUGCUUGCUAUCUUGAAGGAAACUGAUGUACCCUCCUCCACUGAUACUCCAAUCAGGAAAUUUUGUUUUCUCAUUCUACAGAUAUUUAAAAUUAGGCCUUGAAAUAAAAUCCUAAAAUUUAUCUAGGGGAAUAUAGUAAGCUGCAGUAGGGGUACAACUGAUAAAUCUCUGUUGUUGGCUUUAUAACAUAAUAUAUACAGGUAUGGGAUCCAUUAUCCGGAAACCCAUUAUCCAGAAAGUUCCGGAUUACGGGACUCUAAACUCUAUUAUAAUUAAAUCAUUUAAAAUGUAAAAAGUAAUUUCCUUUUUCUAUGUAAUAAUAAAACAGUAUCUUGAACUUGAACCAAACUAAGAUUUAAUUAAUCCCUAUUGAAGGCAAAACAAGCCUAUAGGGUUUAUUUAUGUUUAAAUGAUUUUUAGUAGAUUUAAAACACCGAGAUCUAAAUUACGGAAAGAUCCCGUAUCCGGAAAGCCUCAGGUCCCGAGCAUUAUGGAUAAUGGGUCCCAUACCUGUAUAUGCAAAAAUGCAAUCAUUAAAGAAUGUUUAAUAUUUUUUAUGUCUUGCCCCCAUUUUGGUUUGUUUAUAUAAUUUACUACUUCCUUCCAAAAACUAAAACCACUUGACUAUGUAGUAAAGUAAGCAAAUUAGGCAUUUCAUAAUUCAGUAAGACCAGAAUGGACAAAGCUAACCACAUUGGGUUGCUCUAUAGUUAUAGACUGUUGGAAAGGGGCAUAUGCAGCAUAUGUUACUACAUGACCCUCUUGGUGAAUUGCUAUGAAAUGUUUGAUAGUUGUUUUUGCAAAGUCCUCUGAAUAUUGAGUUAUAAUGUUAAAUAUAGUUUUGUAGUUUUUUGGGGCCAAAACAACUGCACUAUACAAUAAAAAGAC